AUGAGCCCUCCCAUCCAUCGAAGAUCAGAACCUGGGCCUUCUGUCAUUCCCAGAGAUGAACAUCACUUUAGCCUCCCAGCAACCAGCUUCUCUGCAACACCCAUCCCUAAAGGAACUGAGAACCGGUCAAAAUCAGAUUCAUAUCAUCAUUCCUCUCUUCAGCGAAAGAUCCAGCAAACUCAGCCAACAUCUUCCAAUGCUGCUCAGAUGCAUCGGACUAGUAGUCCCCAAAGAGAGGAAUCCCCACGAAGAAGGGGAGAGAGCAAGGCAGGGCAUGACAUUAAUCGUUACUCAACCCCAGAUGCCAAAUCUUCUCGCCGGUUGAGUUUUGUAGACCAGAAGGAUAAUGUACAGAUCUCACCAGAAGACCCACCCUCCAAAGUGCAGUACCCACAAGGGGUCAGAGUUCCCCGUAGGCAUUUGGUUUGCCCAAAGGAUGAAGCAGUCCAAACUGAUCCUCUACGAAAGAGUAUAACUACUACUGUGGUCAGAUCUCAAAGGAAAGCCUCCAGUCCAACCCGCCCUUCUGCAGACCCUCGGACAGCUCAGAGAAGGAGCCCUGACCAAGAGUAUGAAACGGCUUAUUACACCCGCACCUAUGCAGACCCUCGGACAGCUCAGGGAAAGAUCUCUGAACAAGAGUAUGAAACGGGUUAUUACACCCGCACCUAUGCAGACCCUCGGACAGCUCAGGGAAAGAUCUCUGAACAAGAGUAUGAAACGGGUUAUUACACCCGCACCUAUGCAGACCCUCGGACAGCUCAGGGAAAGACCCCUGAACAGGAGGGUGAAGCGGGUUAUUACAGCCGCACCUAUGCAGAUCCUCGGACAGCUCAGAGAAGGAACCCUGACCAAGAGUAUGAAACGGGUUAUUACACCCGCACCUAUGCAGACCCUCGGACAGCUCAGGGAAAGGCCCCUGAACAGGAGGGUGAAGCGAGUUAUUACACCCGCAUCUAUGCAGACCCUCAGACAGCUCAGGGAAAGGCCCCUGAACAGGAGGGUGAAGCGAGUUAUUACAGCCGCACCUAUGCAGACCCUCGGCCAGCUCAGAGAAGGAGCCCUGAACAAGAGUAUGAAACGGGUUAUUACACCCGCACCUAUGCAGACCCUCGGACAGCUCAGAGAAGGAGCCCUGAACAAGAGUAUGAAACGGGUUAUUAUACCCGCACCUAUGCAGACCCUCGGACAGCUCAGAGAAGGACCCCUGAACAGGAGGGUGAAGCGAGUUAUUACAGCCGCACCUAUGCAGACCCUCGGACAGCUCAGAGAAGGAGCCCUGAACAAGAGUAUGAAACGGGUUAUUACACCCGCACCUAUGCAGACCCUCGGACAGCUCAGAGAAGGACCCCUGAACAAGAGGGUGAAGCGGGUUAUUACAACUCAGUUUAUGUAGAACACAAGCCGUCGCAGAAGAACAAGAAAAUAGAAUCAUCCCUCAGACUCUCUGUCCUUAAAGAUUUGGAAGGUAGACACCGAGUUUCUAUGCGUGUAGACCCUGAGUCUGUCCAGCAGCAGUCUGCCCGCACUGAAACAAAGCCCUCCCAAAAAGUGUCAGCAGAAGUGGAGGACAACAUGAAAUGCCCAAUGCGAGUAGAUAACGAGGUCUACCGCAAAGUCACCAUAUGCCCAGGAGUACAGCCAGCCCACCGUGUGACACCUCGGACAGUGUCUGAGAGCCCCCACAAAUCUCCUGAGCCUGUCUAUAAGGAGCGUACCCCGAAACCCCCAGAAAGUGUCUACAUGUCCUCAGCACCCUCCCCAAGUCACUCUGUUCAUGCAAAAGUGGAACUGACCCCUCGCCCCUUACCCCCUCGGUCCUUACCUAAGUAUGGGCCUGACUGCUCAUGGUGGGCCUUACUCAAUCCUGACAUUGAAAUGCCUCAAAGCCGGCCCACAACACCUGAUUUCGAGCCUAAAUCCCCACUUCCCGUAGACUAUUCAUUGUCCUUUUUUGAAAUGGACUCAAGCUCUUUCUGUGACGAUCUGUUCCAGCGAGAGAAGGCAAGUCCAUCACCACCACCAGCACCAGCAACACCACCACCACCAUCACAAUCACCAACGGAGCCUCCAGGCUGGGCACGAUUGAGGGAAGUGCCAGAGGCUCCCAAGCACACCUCCAAACAACCCAUUCAAAGGUUUAGUGCUUUCUUUUUGGGUAUGUGAAGAAGCAGACUGCCCAGGCGCAACCGCGAUUUAGUGAGGUGGGACAUGGGCAGGGAAGGCCCCCUCUUCAUCCUGGGCCUUCGAGCUGCUCUCCUGCCAAUGCCAAAGCUAGACCCAUCCUUGAGCCCAUUGCUCCAUUCCUUCCCCGCCAGCUUCUCUGAGCUCCAAGCUAAUGACAUCGAUGAUGAUGCUUGGGUCGGUGUCAGGCAUUGAUUCUUCCAGGCAACACACUUAACCUUUCCGUGGAAGGUAGUAGAGAGUGGUUUGCAGGGUGGGGAAGCUGUUUCCUGAGAGUAGACAUGAAGUACUGAGCUGGGGUGAGGGCUGGUAAGAGCUAGUAAAGGGAAUAAGGUCCUUUUGGUAAAUAUUCUGGAAACAAGGUGGAGGAGGUGAAGCAC